CUUAUAAAUAGUUACUCAGAUAAACUUAUUUCACCUAUAUCAGCCAUGUCCAUUACAAUCAAGUCUCCAAGCGGUCGUGAAAUCAAAUUUUCCACUGGAUUGUUCAUCAACAAUGAGUUCAGACCUUCCAAGUCGAACAAUGUUUUGACUACUCCCAACCCCGCUACAGGUGAAGAUUUAGCUACUGUUAGUGCUGCUACUGCUGAGGAUGUGGAUGAUGCAGUACAGGCAGCUAGAAGAGCGUUUGUGACUACUUGGGGAAAGAAGAGUACGCCAUCUCAACGUAGUGCUGCUCUCCAUAAAUGGGCUGAUUUGAUACAAGAGAAUAUCGAUACUUUAGCUGAACUCGAAAGUCUUGAUAAUGGUAAGCCAGUCUGGAUGGCUCGUGAUAUAGAUAUUGUUGAUAGUAUCGACUGUCUUCGUUACUAUGCUGGUCUUGCUGAUAAAAUUGAAGGUCGCACCAUUGAACAAGAAGAAGGGCGGAAGAUAGCAUUUACUAGACCUGAACCAAUUGGUGUAUGUGGUCAAAUCAUUCCUUGGAACUACCCAAUUCAAAUGUUUGCCUGGAAAGUAGGUGCAGCCUUGGCUGCGGGUAAUACUAUUAUUAUGAAACCUGCUGAGCAGACACCUCUAAGCGCUCUUGUUUUGGCAGAACUAUCAAUUAAAGCUGGUUUCCCCCCUGGUGUAAUUAAUAUUGUCAAUGGUUUGGGUUCAGUGGCAGGGAGAGCUAUCUCAUCCCACAUGGACAUUGAUAAGAUUGCUUUCACUGGAUCAACCAUCACUGGUCGUUCGAUAAUGGAGUCUGCUGCUAAGAGCAACCUUAAAAAGGUGACUCUUGAACUUGGUGGUAAAUCACCCGUCGUUGUAUUUGAAAAUGCAGAUAUUGACCAAGCAGUGAAUUGGGUAAGUCAAGGGAUCUUGUUCAAUCAUGGUCAAGAUUGCUGUGCUGGAUCCCGGCUAUUCCUUCAAGAAUCGAUCAAGGAAGAGUUCCUUUCCAAGCUUAAGAAGAAUUUCGAGUCUCACGUUAUUGGAGACCCAUUUGACAUAAAGACUUAUCAGGGACCGCAGGUUUCGAAACAACAACAAGAAAAGAUUCUUAGCUACAUCAAAUCGGGUAUCGAACAAGGUGCCACACUUUUGACUGGAGGUGAAGCAAGAAUUGCACAUUUGCUGUCUAAAUUCAAAAACGGCUUUUAUACUCCACCAACUAUCUUCACAGAUUGUAAACCAGGUAUGAAAAUAGUUGAUGAAGAAAUAUUUGGUCCUGUCCUCACUGUUCAAACCUUUGAAACAGAAGAAGAGGCAAUUGAAAAAGCAAACAACACCCCAUAUGGGCUUGGAGCUGGUGUCUUCUCUCAAAACGCUUCUCAAUGCAUGCGUAUGGUCCAUGCUCUUUGCGCUGGUACCGUAUGGUGUAAUCAAUAUGUUGCUUUAAGUAAUGCUGUUCCAUUUGGAGGAAUGAAACAAUCUGGAUUUGGUCGUGAGUUAGGUAUUGAGGGUUUAAAGGAGUACACACAAACCAAGUCAGUACAUUGGAACUAUGGUGAAAAGGCUGAUUGGCCGGUUGAUGGAACUAGUAACUAGACUAUUACAUAAAAUUAGUAUUUUCAGCUUU